AUGUCAACAGCGUCUCCUGUGCCUCGUGACUCCAUCUCGUCAACUCCAAACUCCUCUCGUACCCAAUCUCCGGCCCCUCAACCCCGUGCUCGGGCAAAUCGCAGCGCCCUCCGCGACUAUUAUGGCCUCAAAUCUACCGCUAAACCCGCCGAAUCCUCCGAACUAUCCCCUAAGCUCCUAAAUGAAGGAUUCCAUGGUGGCGUUAAGCACAGCGAGCUCGACGAAGAAGGGUUUGAUGCAGAGGCAUAUGUCCGCAAAUUGGUUGCUACAAAGCACCUCGAGGAGGUGCUGAGGAUCGAGGGAGACCUCAUUGGAGAGAUUAGGAGUCUGGACAGCGAGAAAAAAGCGCUCGUAUAUGAUAAUUACUCAAAAUUGAUUACUGCUACCGACACAAUCAAGAGGAUGAGGGAGAAUAUGGGGCCCCUUAUGCCAAAAGAUGGAAGUUUAAGCGAAGAUGUUGGUAAGAUUGCUGGCAUGGCCGGUGAACUAGCGAUGAAAGCACAGGGACCGUACGUAAAGAAAGACCAAGAGAAAAUUGGCAGCGAGAACGAGGAGAGUAGGUUGAGGAAGAAGAGAGAGGCGGAAACAGUGAGAUGGGUCCUGGAAGCGCCCCAGAGACUAGAAAGUCUGAUAGGUCAAGGGAAAAGAAGUGAAGCCGCGACGGACUGGAACGAGAUUAGAGAGCUAUUGAACAAGUGGCAGGGUGUGAGGGGCGUUGAGGAAAUACGACGUCGAUGCGAGAAAGCCGUGGCAAAGACGUAA